GUGAAUCCUCCAGACACUACUGAUGCUCCGUAAAAUACGUAAAAUCCAGCCUCCUCGUAUUUUCGCUCUCAUAUUUCUCCAGUCAUGCUCCAUCCAGCGGCUUCCCCCCUACGAGGCAUGUUCUCUGCUCAUUGCGCCGCUGCUGCUUCGUCGCAUGAAUUCACCGUGCUGUCGACUUUUUCCAGCUGAGCCGUCCGAGGAUUUGGUGUUUGCCCGGCCCACCGUUGCCGGCGACAGCUGUGCCUCUUGUUUCCGAAGGCAGUCCCCGUCAUGACCUCUUCUUUCUGCUAUUCUACCGAAUUUCGCUAAAUGGGAUUCGUGGCUGCCCCGACGUUCCCACAGCAACUGCCUAUCGGCUUCCAUUAUUUUUCUAAUGAGGGCAACCAUAAGGAUCUAACACGGUUCCUCGCUGCGCGUCUCUGAUUUUUGGGCUGAAUCUCAAGACGCGUCAAAGGUCUGCACAUGGGGGCGGGCAAGAGCAAGCCCAAAGAGCCGGGCCAGCGCUCCAUGAGCCUGGAUGGUACCAUAGGCACAGGCUCAGACAGCGGGCACUUCCACCACCUGGGCCCUGCCCAGCAGACCCAAACUCCCAACAGGAGCCCUGCCGUCGGGACAGGCAGGCGGGGCCACCAAGGUCAGCACCAGCAUGCCCCAACAAAUACACCCGAGCUGGCUCUGUUUGGAGGGGUGGAUCACACAGGAACUGUCACGUCACCACAGAGGGGACCUCUGUCAGGAGGUGUCACUACAUUUGUGGCACUGUAUGACUAUGAGUCACGAACAGCAUCUGAUCUGACCUUCCGGAAGGGCGACCGGCUGCAGAUUGUCAACAACACGAAAAAGUACAGCUUCAGAGAAGGGGACUGGUGGCUCGCUCGCUCACUGACAACAGGAGAGAGUGGUUAUAUCCCCAGCAACUAUGUGGCUCCCUCCGACUCCAUCCAAGCAGAAGAGUGGUAUUUUGGGAAGAUCACUCGGCGGGACUCGGAAAGACUACUUCUGAACCUGCAGAACAGACGAGGGACCUUUCUGGUGAGGGAGAGUGAAACCACUAAAGGGGCAUAUUGCCUGUCAGUGCUGGAUUAUGACAACACCAAAGGCCUAAAUGUAAAACAUUACAAGAUCAGGAAGCUGGAUAGCGGAGGUUUCUACAUUACCUCCCGCACCCAGUUCACCAGCCUACAGCAGCUAGUCUUCCACUACCACAAGCACUCUGACGGGCUGUGUCAUGCUCUAACAGACGUGUGUCCAGUGGCCAAACCCCAGACGCAGGGACUGGCUAGGGAUGCCUGGGAGAUUCCUCGAGAAUCCCUCCGCUUAGACCUUAAACUUGGACAGGGAUGCUUUGGAGAAGUCUGGAUGGGUACAUGGAAUGGUACAACUCGGGUAGCCAUUAAGACACUAAAGCCUGGCACAAUGUCUCCAGAGGCCUUUCUUCAGGAAGCGCAAGUCAUGAAGAAGCUGAGGCAUGAGAAGCUGGUCCAGCUGUAUGCUGUUGUGUCUGAGGAGCCCAUCUACAUUGUGACAGAGUAUAUGAGCCAAGGUAGCUUACUGGACUUCCUUAAGGGGGAUGCAGGGAAGAUGCUUCGUCUGCCACAACUGGUAGACAUGGCUGCUCAGAUUGCAGCAGGCAUGGCCUACGUGGAGAGGAUGAAUUACGUCCACAGAGAUCUGCGUGCUGCCAACAUCUUAGUAGGAGACAGCCUUGUUUGUAAGGUGGCUGACUUUGGUCUGGCAAGACUGAUUGAAGACAACGAGUACACUGCAAGACAGGGCGCUAAAUUCCCAAUCAAAUGGACAGCACCGGAAGCAGCGUUGUACGGUCGUUUCACUAUCAAGUCAGAUGUCUGGUCCUUUGGCGUACUGCUCACAGAGCUCGCAACUAAAGGCAGAGUACCUUAUCCAGGUAUGGUAAACCGUGAGGUGCUCGACCAGGUGGAGCGUGGCUACAGGAUGCCUUGCCCUGCAGAGUGCCCCAUUUCCUUGCAUGAGCUCAUGCUGUCCUGCUGGAGGAAAGAUCCAGAAGAGAGGCCUACAUUUGAAUACCUGCAGGGCUUCCUAGAGGACUAUUUCACCUCCACAGAACCCCAGUAUCAGCCUGGGGAGAACCUAUAGAACCACACUGAAUACAAUCUGAAAGGGGGGUUGAUGAGGGGGGUGGGAGUGGGGCUUCAGCACUGAAUGAUCUGCACUAACCGACCUCAGAGGAGCGCCUGUUGGAGGAUCUGAGCCUGUGAAACUCAUUUUAGAGGAACUUGUUCAGUGGAAGCAAAAGUGAAAUAGAAAUCUGAUGAUGAACUGAGAUAGAAGUCCCCUUACGUGCCAUUUAGGAAUAGUUACAGAAGAACCUGGAACGCCUCUACUGCAAGCACUCACAGUUUAUAUAUUUGUCCUGCAUGAAGGAGGUUCAGACCUGUAGAAGGAGAAUUCUUGCUGGACAGAUAUCUUAUCUGGAUAAGAUAGAACUGAGUAACUAAACUUGUGGGUACGUUUUUUUAGAGGUGUGACUGACGUUGGAGGAACCAAAUCAGGAUCUACAGGCAUAGCGAUGGGUUGAAAAAUAAACCUGUCAAGGGAGAAUAUUUCAAUUAGGAAUGAGCUGUUUAGUGAAAUCUCUCUGUUUCUGUCCCCUGUUGUCUUUACCCUAGUCUGGUACAUUUUUCCACCCACAGAAGUGCACUGCCACUGUGGCUCAGGUGCCAAAAGAAAAUCUGUUUCCCUUGACAUCCUUUAUCUCAACUCUGCUUCUCUUCCUCUUUUUCUCUCUGACUUUCAGUAUCUCUCUCCAGUUUUCUCAAGUGCUGCUUCUUCAAAGUGUCUCCAAAUAGCUCGGCUCUAGAAAUCUACUUUGCAUCUUUAUUUUUAUGUUUACUUGGACAAUAUCUGUCCUGUGAUUUUUGUUCU